UGCGUCUCUCGUGCCCACCUGGUGAUGCUCUGAUUGGCCGCGCUAGCAUCGGCCCACCCAGCUGUUCCGGUCGGCCGAGGCUCGCGCCUGCGCAGUGCACCAGGCUGUCAGGUAAAGGGCUGGGAAGCCUGCGGUAGAGAGAGCGGUGCUGUCAUGACCGAGGGCACGUGUCUGCGGCGUCGUGGGGGACCCUAUAAAACUGAGCCUGCCACCGAUCUCACCCGCUGGCGGCUCUGCAAUGAGUUGGGUCGGCAGAGAUGGACUUAUUAUCCAGCGGAGGACGACCCCGGUCGAGAACAGACCGGGCUAGAGGCCCACUCUUUGGGACUGGACACAAGUAGCUAUUUCACAGACUUACCUAAAGCGCAAACAGCCCAUGAGGGGGCGCUCAACGGAGUAACCUUUUACGCCAAGCUGCAGGCCGAGGACGGACACUGGGCUGGUGAUUAUGGUGGUCCACUCUUCCUCUUGCCAGGCCUCCUGAUCACGUGUCACAUCUCACGCAUCCCUCUGCCCCCUGGAUACAGAGAGGAGAUGGUGCGGUACCUGCGGUCCGUGCAGCUCCCUGAUGGCGGCUGGGGCUUGCACAUUGAGGACAAGUCCACAGUGUUUGGGACCGCCCUGAACUAUGUGGCGCUCAGAAUCCUGGGUAUCGGACCUGACGAUCCUGACCUUGUGCGUGCUCGCAACAUCCUUCACAAAAAAGGUGGCGCAGUGGCCAUCCCUUCCUGGGGGAAGUUCUGGCUGGCCGUCCUGAAUGUUUACAGUUGGGAGGGACUCAAUACCCUGUUCCCCGAGAUGUGGCUGUUCCCUGAAUGGGUACCUGCGCACCCCUCCACCCUCUGGUGUCACUGCCGGCAGGUCUAUCUGCCCAUGAGCUACUGCUACGCCACUCGGCUGAGUGCCUCAGAGGACCCCCUGGUCCAGAGCCUCCGCCAGGAACUCUACGUGCAGGAUUAUGCCAGCAUCGAUUGGCCAGCACAGAGGAACAACGUGUCUCCCGAUGAGCUGUACACGCCACACAGCUGGCUGCUGUGUGUGGCAUACGGACUCCUCAACCUGUAUGAACGUUUCCACAGCACCCGCCUGCGGCAGUGGGCCAUCAAGAUGCUGUAUGAACACAUUGUAGCUGAUGAUCGGUUCACUAAGUGCAUCAGCAUUGGCCCGAUCUCAAAAACCAUCAACAUGCUUGUUCGCUGGUCAGUGGACGGGCCGUCCUCCCCUGCCUUCCAGGAGCACGUCUCUAGGAUCAAAGAUUACCUUUGGCUGGGCCUUGAUGGCAUGAAGAUGCAGGGCACCAAUGGAUCACAGAUCUGGGACACUUCAUUUGCCAUCCAGGCACUGUUGGAGGCAGGUGCACACCACAGACCUGAAUUUCUGCCCUGCCUGCAGAAGGCUCAUGAGUUCCUGCGGCUUUCACAGGUCCCAGAAAACUGUCCUGACUAUCAGAAGUAUUAUCGCCAAAUGCGCAAGGGUGGUUUCUCCUUCAGCACACUGGACUGCGGCUGGAUCGUUGCCGACUGCACAGCCGAGGCUUUGAAGGCCGUGCUGCUCCUGCAGCAGCAGUGUCCCUCCAUCACCGAGCAUAUCCCCCGGGAGCGGCUGUGUGACGCCGUGGCUGUGUUGUUGAACAUGAGGAAUUCUGACGGAGGGUUUGCUACCUACGAGACUAAGCGUGGGGGGCACUUGCUGGAGCUGCUGAACCCCUCCGAGGUCUUUGGGGACAUCAUGAUCGACUACACGUACGUAGAGUGUACCUCCGCUGUGAUGCAGGCCCUGAGGCACUUCCAGGAACACUUCCCAGACCACAGGGCAGCGGAGAUCAGGGAGACCCUCAAUCAAGGCCUGGACUUCUGCCGAAUGAAGCAGAGAGCUGACGGCUCCUGGGAGGGCUCCUGGGGGGUUUGUUUCACCUACGGCACCUGGUUUGGCUUGGAAGCAUUCGCCUGCAUGGGGCAUUCCUACCAAGACGGGGCUGCUCGUGCAGAAGUAGCUCAGGCCUGCAGCUUCCUCCUGUCCAAGCAGAUGGCCGAUGGAGGCUGGGGGGAGGACUUUGAGUCCUGUGAGGAGCGGCGGUAUGUGCAGAGCGCCAGGUCCCAGGUCCAUAGUACGUGCUGGGCCCUGAUGGGUUUGAUGGCUGUCAGGCACCCCGACAUCACUGCUCAGGAGAGAGGAAUCAGAUGUCUGCUAGGGAAGCAGCUCCCCAACGGAGACUGGCCUCAGGAGAACAUCUCUGGCGUCUUCAACAAGUCCUGUGCCAUCAGCUACACAAGUUACAGAAACAUCUUCCCCAUCUGGACCCUGGGCCGCUUCUGCAACCUGUAUCCUGACAAUACCCUCGCAGGCCAUGUUUGAACCUGUGUGUGCCUGUGCUGCACCUGGCCAGCAUCAUCACCACACAGGUCCCUGUGAGCCCAGUCCCUGGCUAGGUGACAAGAGCCAUCUUAGCUCCGCAUAGGCCUUGGUCUCUGUUUCUGUAGACACACGGUUGGGGAUAGGGUCGGGGUUGGUGUCUUUAGACACUUGUCGGGGUGUGCUUCAAGUUCUUGACUAGCUUCAGUGAGAAGGGGACGAAGAUGAGCCUUGAGGUCCGGAGAAGCUCCUGGGGAUCCUUGAGGGAGCUUGGCUGUAGAGCUCUCGGGAUCAGUGACUUCGCUGUGAGGGGACAGCUGGCUUCUUUACUUCCUCCCUUGUCCACUGUGCGAUGGGCCCUUGAGCAGACUGCUGUUAGCUGUGCUGGGGGAGUCACAGCAACUCUGUGGUGCAGGUAUACUCAGAGAAAGGCUCACAACUCUGUGGUGCAGGUAUGCUCAGAGAAAGGCUUAAUGGCAAGUGAGGCAGGCCCCGUGGUCAUUGUGCCCUGAGCAGUGUCUGCUGUCCCCGGAACUUACCGCUCGUGACUCGAUCACUGUAUGAAAAUACAGUUUUCCAGAAAGACAAUACAAACUUGAUUUGUACUAAAAACACUACUAAAAGUCAUUUGAAUGAUCACCGACUCUCUUAAUAAACAGACACUGGGCCGAUGGCCUUGUGGUAAAGAACCUCGGCUGCUCUUUCAGAGGACCUGGGUUUGAUUCCUGGCACCCACCUGGUGGCUAACAACAUGUAACUCCAGAUCUCAGGGAACCCAAUGUCUUCUUCUGGCCUCUGUGGGCACUGCACACGUGAGACAUACGUACACUCAUAGCACGUACACACAUAAAAGGAAUCUUGAAAAUAAAAUAUUAAAAACAAAACAACAACCCCCCCUCCCGAGACAUUUCAUCCUGGAGUAUCCUGAGUCUGUGUGGCACCCAGUUCUGCCCCUAGAUUAUGAGCUUAUACACAUCGCAGUGGUUUCUGGGAUAUCAGUGUCCCGAUGUCCAGGCUUCUCAUUCUUACUGAGAGAGACGCACACGUGGGACGCCAUUAGGGUAGAUAGUGGUUGUGGUGGUUCCUGCCACAGGACAGUGCUGGAGCAAGGGUAGCCGGUCACAUCCAGGUCACCACUUAGACCCACCUAGCCGGUCACAUCCAGAUCACCACUUAGACCCAGCCAGCCGGUCACAUCCAAAUCACCACUUAGACCCAGCCAGCCGGUCACAUCCAGAUCACCACUUAGACCCAGCCAGCCGGUCACUUCCAGAUCACCACUUAGACCCAGCCAGUCACAUCCAGGUUACCACUUAGACCCAGCCAGCCAGCCAGGAAAAUGCCCCUGAUACCCAUGACCACUAUCAGCCCAUAAGCCACCUGUGCUCAGAGUCCAAUGAGGGUCAGGUUUCUGAGGCAAUCCUUCGGUGUGAGCUCCAAGUUCCUCAUUCUAACUGUGUCUGGCCAGCACGCAGGCAGAGUUCAGGGUGGAAACUAUGGUCUCCUUGACGUUACUGCUUUUCUCCCUGGCCGAAUUAUCAACUUCUCGUCUCAACUGAUGCAAAAAAUAUCAAGUAGUGAGAGACCUGGAAUGAUAAAUGUGCUGGGUACACAGACAGAGGAGUUCACCUGGACUCCACAGAGCAGACUGUUCUGGGAUGUGAGGACCCAGUCAGACCACGGCUUCGUAAAAAAGAAACAAGAACAAAACCACACUUCUCUUAUGACUAUAAUCUUCACUAGGAUCUGCACUUCUCAGAGCAGCAAGGAUGUUUGAAUCUAUGAAAUGCCAAUGAUACCCAUCAGCAAAGACAAGCAAUACAUUUUAAGAAAUAAAGAGCCGGGUGGUGGUGCACACCUGUAAUCCUAGCACUUGGGAGGCAGAGGCAGGCAGAUUUCUGAGUUUGAGGCCAGCCUGGUCUACAGAGUGAGUUCCAGGACAGCCAGAGCUACACAGAGAAACCCUGUCUCGAAAAAACCAAAUCCAAAACAAAAACAGAAAACAAAACUGCUGAGCCCCAGCUUCCAAGCUAGGGGGACUUGGUUGACAGAAGCAGGGCCAGCCAUCUGUCCCAGCACAAAAGAAAAACAGCCUCUGAGGUAGAUAACUGGUCUCACACAGCCAACCAGACAAGUACACAGUUUUGGAAAACAACAUUGUUUUUAAAAAAAAUUGCUUUGGGUCUGAAGUCAUGGCUCGGUAAUCAAGAGCACUAGCUGUUCUUUCAAAGGACCCAGGUUCAAUUCCCAGCACCCAUAUGGCAGCUCACAACUGACUAUAACUCCAGUUCCAGGGGAUCUGACGUCUUCACACCAAUGCACAUUAAAUAAAAGUUAAAAAAUUAUUAAGAAACUGCCUUGAUAAAAAGUUAGUAAGAGUAAAUUAUCUCAUGUUCUGAAGUAGAAAUAGCUAUGAAUGAACAAUGUCAGGUUCAAAGUUGAUUUUCUUUACACUUGAAUGCUACACACAUUAUGUAUCAAUGACAUAAAUAAAGUGUGGCACUGCUUGGA